AGCGGCGGCCGGUGCCGGCGGGACCGGGAGUGGGAUCGCGGCUGUGCCGAGGCGAGGCAGGAGGAGUUCAGCCAUGUCCCGGGGCUCCCAUGCAUGAAUGACGGAGGAGGAGGAGGAAGAGGAAGGCUGCCGUUGGUGUUUGCGAUUGAGUCGUGCUGCACAGGAUCCCUGCCACUCUUAUGAGCCUGCCAACCGCCACCGGCCCGAGAUGUCAGCUGGCGACAAGAACGGGGACAGCUGCUCCAGCAGCAGCCGCCUGCAGAGCAAGAAGCCCCCCAACCUCUCCAUCAUCAUCCCCCCCCGGGAGGCAGAGGAGGACGGUGCCCGCAAGGAGCCUUCCAAAGUUCCCAUCUACCGAAAGAGCAAGAGCCUGCAGGAGCCUCGCUCAAAGGGAUGCGACGGCUCAGAGCGCCCUCCUGGCUUCCGCCGACAGACGUCCCUGUCCCAGAGCAUCCGCAAGUGAGGGAUGGGGAGUGGUGACGCGAGGGCAGGGCAGGUGCUGGUGGUGCCUGGGUCACUGAGGGGUCCCUUGGUCCCUGCCGGGGUGUCAUGGCUGUGGGUACCACAAAGGACUUGGGAUGGGGAUGUGGAGGCGCAGCUUGGCAGGGAACACCUUGGAGGGUUUUGUGCGGCUCUGCUUUGACUCCCUGGUGUCUGCCUGGGGAUGAUUCUGCAGCAGAAUUGUUUAGUGCUAAUUCACACCGUUGUUUUGUGCACUGGGGAGGUUUCUUAGCCCUGUUUAUGUAGGACCUUCACAAUCACCUUGAGCUGUACCAUCUGCUGCAGCCCAGGCCUGAUGCACUGUCCCGUGCAAGGUGAUGGAGUUACCUCUGCAGAGAGACCCAAAGGCCAGUGAUGCCUCUGCGCCUCCCCUCCCAGCCCACAGCCAGCUCAGAAUUUGCCCUGCUGCCAGCUGAGCUGAGACAUCCCAACCCAAAUCACAGCAUCAUUGAAUAGGGGCACAGCGCAAUGGUUUGGCGUCAGCAGCGACUGGGAGGGCAAGCGGCAGCAGUGGCAACGCAAGAGCUUGCAGCACUGCAGCAUGAGAUACGGCAAGCUGAAGCCUGCCUACCGUGACCUGGAGCUGCCCAGCCAGGAGGUCCCCUCCUUCCAAGGAACCGAGUCACCCAAACCUGCCAAGAUGCCCAAGAUCGUGGACCCGCUGGCCAGGGGUCGUCCCUUCCGCCAUCCCGAUGACACCGACCGUCCCCACACGCCCCACCACGUCCUGCCCCCGCUCACCCCCGGUGUUGUCUCUUUGACGAGCAUCCGCUCAGGCUACGGCCGCCUGCCGCGCAGGAAGAGGGAGUCCGUCGCCCACAUGAGCUUCAAGGCAGCCGCUGCGCUUCUCCGCGGACGUUCUGCCCUGGAGCCACUGGCUCCCAAGUGGAGAAGCAACAAGAGAAGCUUCAUGUACCCCAGCUUCAUGGAGGAGGACAUGGUGGAUGCUGCCGAUACCCUGGACUCAUCCUUCUUCAGUAAGAUGGACAUGCACGACGAGACGUACUCCAUGCCUGAUGAUGUCUUCGAGUCGCCACCUCUCUCUGCCACGUACUUCCGCAUGCGCCCCAUGGGGGACAACACCAGGGUGUCCCCCGAGGUGGAGCAGCCGACCCCACAGGAGGGUGUCCGGCUCGCUUCGGUCUCUGCUGUCGCUGGCCCAGCUCCCCAGCGAGGGAUGCGCAUCACUUCCAAAGUGAUGCACUUCGCCUUCGACCGCAAGAAACGCUACUAUGGGCUGGGGGUGGUGGGGAAGUGGCUGAACAGGACGUACCGGCGCAGCCUGAGCAGCAUCGUGCAGUCACAGCUGGAGAUCACUGACAGCCACCGGCCAUAUUUCACAUACUGGCUCACCUUUGUCCACAUUCUUAUCACCUUGCUGGUCAUCGGCACCUAUGGCAUCGCCCCCAUUGGCUUCGCCCAGCACGUGACGACAGAGUUAGUGCUGCGGAACAAGGGCGUCUAUGAGAGCGUCAAGUACAUCCAGCAGGAAAACUUCUGGAUUGGACCCAGCUCGAUUGACCUGAUCCACCUGGGAGCCAAGUUCUCCCCCUGCAUCCGGAAGGAUCGGCAGGUGGAGCGGCUCAUCCAGCGCGAGCGGGACCGGGAGCGCGGCUCCGGCUGCUGUGUCCAGAAUGACAGAUCGGGCUGUAUCCAGACACUUCCGCAGGACUGCUCGGAAACGCUGGCAACGUUCAUCAAGUGGCCGAGCACCAAUGCACCAACCAUGGACUCAGGGAAGAAGCGGAUGUCAGGAGCCGUGUGUCACCAGGACCCCAGGACAUGCGAGGAGCCAGCAUCCAACCCACCCCAUGUGUGGCCGGACGACAUCACCAAGUGGCCGAUCUGCACCUACGAGACCAAAACCAACCACUCAGGCUUUGCCCACAUGGACUGCGAGAUCAAGGGCAGACCCUGCUGCAUUGGCACCAAGGGCAGCUGCGAGAUCACGACGCGGGAGUACUGCGAGUUCAUGCAUGGCUACUUCCAUGAGGAGGCAACGCUCUGCUCGCAGGUGCACUGCCUGGACAAGGUCUGUGGUCUCCUGCCCUUCCUCAACCCGGAGGUCCCUGACCAGUUCUACCGCCUGUGGCUGUCCCUGUUCCUGCAUGCCGGCAUCAUCCACUGCCUGGUGUCCGUGACAUUCCAGAUGACAGUGCUGAGGGACCUGGAGAAGCUGGCAGGCUGGCAUCGCAUCUCCAUCAUCUUCAUCCUCAGCGGCAUCACGGGCAACCUGGCCAGUGCCAUCUUCCUGCCGUACAGGGCAGAGGUGGGUCCCGCUGGAUCCCAGUUUGGCUUGCUGGCCUGCCUCUUCGUGGAGCUCUUCCAGAGCUGGCAAGUGCUGGAGAAACCCUGGAAAGCCUUCCUCAACCUCUUUGGCAUAGUCCUCUUCCUCUUCGUCUGUGGCCUCUUGCCGUGGAUCGAUAACAUCGCUCACCUCUUUGGCUUCCUCAGCGGCCUCCUCCUCUCCUUCGCCUUCCUGCCCUACAUCACCUUCGGCACGGUGGACAAGUACCGCAAGCGAGCCAUGAUCAUUGUCUCCUUGCUGGUUUUCGUGGGGCUCUUUGCCUCGCUGGUGGUCUGGCUCUACGUCUACCCCGUGAACUGGCGCUGGGUGGAAUAUCUCACCUGCCUGCCCUUCACCAGCAAGUUCUGCGAGAAGUACGAGCUGGACCAGGUCCUGCACUGACCCCGCCGGCGGGGACGGGGCUGGUGGUGAUGUUUUCCAUGGGGUGGGUCUUCACCAGCCUGUGGGAAGUGGUGACUGCAGACCCCAGGCACAGCUUCGUCCUCAGUGCUGGUGGGUUUGGGCUCACUCCAGUUAAACAGGAGAUGGAGUGGGGAACAGGGCUGGAGCCAGCCCAGCCUUGCACCCUUUGGGGCUGCUCUUGGUGCUGGCGAGCCAUAACUGGUUUGGGGGCAACCCAGGGCUGAGGGAAGCGGGGUUUUGGUACGGCCACAGCCAGCCUGGGCCCCCAGCUCUGGGGCACUGGACCUUGAAAGCACCUGACAAUUAUGCUGCCAAGGUCUCCUGCCUGUGUUCCUGCCUGUGCCCCUGCCUGCCUGCAGCCCCGUCCUGUCUUGGUGACCUCGGGUGCUGCAGCUCAUACUGUGAACACAAUCCCCUUUUUUGCAGGGGCACUUGUUUUUAUCUGCAACUCUUUAGGCCAAGGGUUUCCCCCACUUUGGGCUCCCCAGUGCCUCUGCUGUGGCUCUGGUGUGUUCAGAGCUGAGCUUCAAAGGUAUUUUUCAGUCCCACUCUCACACCCGAUGCUCCCCUGAGGCUGCAAAAGGAGCUUGUGCUUCCCCACCUGGGCUCCUUGCUGGAUGGAGGGGCAGGGCUUGGGGUGAGGGGGGCUUCUUUUCCCCGUAUUUCAGUGAAAUUCCCUUUUUGGAAGCAGAGAAAUGGCACGUGUUGCCUUCAUCACACUAUACUGGGAGGCAGGCGGGGAGAAAACCACCCUGGGGGGUUGUGUAGCUGCUUCUCAAGCCCACAGCCCGCUCAGGAAGCCAUCGCUGUUCCCACCUUUUGCUACUGCCUCGAGUCCCCACUGUUACCCCUUUUGUUUUUUUCAAAGCGUAGAGACCCAGGUAGCCAUUCCCACCUAAACGGGGCUGGACAGACGGAGAAGUGCAGGACGGGAGCAGUUGCCUGAGGCUGCACAUCCCUGCCUGUCCCCACCUGUCCCCACCUGUCCCCAGCACCUGGGCUGCUGCUCCCCAGCAUCUCCUCCUCCCUCCCACUGGCCUCAGCAUGAAGGCAGGUCCUUCCCGGGGUCCGGGUGACCCUGCGGGGCUGGUUUGGACCUGAGCUGAUGCCAAGCUGUCCCUCCUCUGGUGUGUGUUGCUUUGGUGCUGGUGAGUGUCAACGCCAUUAAAUGGGGGAAGGUGUAAAUCCCCCAGAUGGGAUGUCCUGGGAUGAGUAUUCAAGGGCUGGGAGCUCAGCUCCAUCUGUCCACAACCUUUGUCUAAGUGAUCCCGGGAGCUCUGUGGCACCAGCAUCUCUCCCUCCAUCCCUCCCUCCAUCUCUACCUCCACCAUGGGCCAGAUUUCAGCCUCGCUCCGUCCCUCCGGUAGCUGCUCCAGCCAAAGACAGACAUUUCACCUCAUUUGUCUCUUUUUGAUACUUUUUGUAAAAGCUGUGGGGUUUUUUUUCCUCCUUAAUAAAUUUCUACCUGUAUUUAAUGAGA